AUGGUCGAACCCCCACAGAUCUUCAAGAUGAAAGGAGCCAUUUUUGUUUUAAUAUUCUCCGUAGUGAACUACUGCCAUGGAUACAACAUAUUGGUGAUGAUGCCAGUGCCAUUCUAUAGCCACACUAAAUCUUACUUACCACUAUUUAUCGAAUUAGCAAAUAGAGGGCAUAAUGUCACCAUGGUCAGCCCGUUUCCAUUAAAAAAACCCGUUCCGAAUUUCAACGAAGUCAUUAUAGACAACAGUUUAGAAAAACUAGGAAUGGACGAAAUGGAUGCAAGAGACUUUGAAGAAGUAGGAUUUUUUUCUAAAAUUAUUAUGUUCCAGUUAUUUUGUCCGAAAGUGAUUGACGUUACAAUGAAAUCUGAAGGUUUGAGAGCAUUUCUGAAUGAUACGGAUUCGAAAUUCGAUACGGUCAUCACGGAGACAUUUUGUUGCCAGGAACCAUUUAUCGCAUUAGGCCACAAGUAUGGUGCUAUUCAAGUUUCUGUAGUACCCGUGGCUCUAUUUUUAAGUUUGGCUCGCAUCACUGGAAAUCCGCAUAUUCCUGCUUACAUAUCCUCAGACAUGUCAGCUUCGGAUCAAGUGGACUUUUGGCAGAGGUCGAAAAACACACUUGCCAGCGUUCUGGGGUAUUUUGUAACCCACACAUCAUGGAUUUAUUUGGACCAUUAUAUGAGACAACAAUUUGCAAAUCAUACUGGUUUUGAUAACAUGCCACCGAUCGUAGAUAUGUUUAAGAAUAUAUCUCUGCUACUUUUGGACAAUCAUCUGGCAAUAUCCUACCCCCGUCCGUAUCUUUCAAACGUAGUGGAGAUUGGUGGACUGACCAUUACGGAAGGCGAUAAACUUGAUGAAGAAUGGGAGAAAUAUAUGAAUGAAUCAGUUGACGGAGUAAUAUACUUCAGCUGGGGAUCCCAUUACCCAACUAAACAUAUUAGACCUCAUGAACUCACUGCUUUCAUGUCAGCAUUCGGAAAGCUAAAACAGAGAGUACUGAUGAAAGCGGAUGUAGAUACACUGCCGGGGAAACCUGACAAUGUAAGGCUCGCCAAAUGGCUACCUCAAGCCAGUAUACUAGGUCAUCCUAAUCUUCGCGCUUUUAUCAGCCACGGUGGACUUCACGGGAUUCUGGAAGGAACCUACCAUGGCGUUCCAAUUAUAGGGACACCACUUUUCGGUGAUCAAAAGGGCAACGUAGACUUUUGCGAAAAGGCUGGUUAUUGCAUAGAUGUAAAUCUCAAUACCAUCACUGAAGAGAUCCUCUUGGAUGCCAUUAAUAGGGUACUGACAAAUUCAACUUACAAAGAAAACGCUCUUAGAAGAAGUCAGAUCAUGAAAGACAGACCCCUGAGCGUCAUGGAUAACGCAGUCUACUGGGUGGAGUACGUUCUUCGGCACAGAGGAGCUCCUCACCUGAGAUCUGCGGCUGUAGAACUGUCUUGGUACCAAUAUCUGCUCCUUGAUGUGAUUGUAGUUUGGGGGGCAGUCUUUGUUGUGACUGUAUUAUUGUUAAGGAAAAGUAUUAAAUGUAUAUGUAAAUUGAGGAAAUCAAAAAGUAAAAAAGACUGA